AUGAUGGUGGGAAACGGUUUGGUGAAUGAUGAUGUCGCCGGCGACCGUUUUCCAGUGGGUAUGCGUGUUCUUGCCGUUGAUGACGACCGAACUUGUCUCAAAGUGUUGGAGAACCUACUUCGCCAAUGCAAGUAUAAUGUUACUACAACCACUCAGUCAAUUAAGGCGCUAGAAAUAUUGAGGAAAAACAGAAACAAGUUUGACCUUGUUAUCAGUGAUGUGAAUAUGCCAGACAUGGAUGGGUUUAAGCUCCUUGAGCUAGUGGGACUUGAAAUGGACCUACCUGUUAUCAUGUUGUCAGGAUAUGGUGAUAAAGAGAGGGUGAUGAAAGGUGUUAUGCAUGGUGCAUGUGACUAUCUAAUGAAACCGGUUCGAAUUGAAGAGUUACAGAACAUAUGGCAACAUGUAGUGCGAAGGAAGAUUGAUUGCAAGGAUAAGACUAAGUUUGUAAAUGAGGAGAAAGCCUGCAAUAUGGCUAGAGAAGGUAGUCAAGCCAUUGCAUCAGAAAAUAAUGCUGACCAGAAUAAAAAACUGAGUCUUAAAAGGAAGGAACACAGUGAGGUUGAGGUAGAGGUAGAGGAAGAUGAUGAUCAAGAGAAUGAGGAACCAUUAAAUCAGAAGAAGCCUCGUUUAGUUUGGGCCGCUGAGUUGCAUAGCAAAUUUGUUGCUGCUGUUAAUCAGCUGGGAAUUGAUAAGGCAUUCCCCAAGAGAAUACUUGACUUGAUGAAUGUUGAAGGGCUUACAAGGGAAAACGUAGCAAGCCAUCUGCAGAAAUACAGACUGAGUCUCAAAAAGCCAACUCAACAGGCUAACAUGGUUGUUGCAUUGGGUAGUAGUGAUCCUUACCUGCAGAUGGGUUCAUUAGAAGGAUAUGUAGAUUUUUGCACUUCAUCUAGAUCAGGAAGAAUGCUAAGCACCACACUACCAUCAUACGCAUCUGGUGGAAUGUUUCACAGGCUAAACACCCCAUCUGGCUUGAACAUGAGAGGACUUACUUCUUCUGCACUCGUUCGGCCUGUUCGGUCUCAAAACAUUAACAGCAGCUCCGUAGAAACACUUGGAAACAUGCAACAGUCCAUGUUUUCUGCAAAACAGACCUCAAAUUUAUUACAAGCCAUUCCAACAUCAAUUGAGGUUAACCAAUUUCAGCAAAACAACUGUACAACUGGUAUUAGGAAGUCAAGUCCAAUUGAUGGUUCCAGUGGAUUUACAACAGUUUCCUGUGGUUUCUCAGACAGUAGAACUAAUGUUAGUAAUGCAAAUAAUUCUCUACCUGGCCUCUCAAAUAAUCAUUUACUAUUGCAAGGAAAUUCCCAAUCAACACACAAUUCAAAAGCCUUCAGAAACCACUCUUCUCUUGGAGCUGCUUCUGUGAACACACAAUCUUUUGACCCUGGCAUCUGUAGUUCCUCCAAGUUUUCUGUCAAUGCUUCUACAGUCAGUGAGGUUUUCAAUAAUGAUCAACUACCUCAAAAUAACUUAAACUUUUCAUCAUCCACUUUUCAUAGUGGGAACAGUCCAGUUGAUUUUUCUUCCACUAGUGCUAUUGAUGUUCCUUUGGAGGAUGCUAGAGGUAAGCUGCAAUACCAAGAAGGCUUACUUGGGAAUAUCUUAAUGGCUUCAUGUUACACUCAGCAUCAAAGCUGGGAAGCAGAUAAGGUGGUUUCCAACAAAGACACUACUUCUACCAUAAAUUCUCUUGUUUCUCCUAAUGGAGACACAAUGUCCUUGGGGCAUAGUUUAGGCCAAAAUAAUAUUGUUUGCAGCAAGAGAAUUGAUGCACCUUUUGUUGGCCAACUGAAUGGGGUUAAUCCAUCAAUCACACAGUCCAUUGAAGAGGAGAAACUCUAUUCAAUGAAGUCAAAUGAUGCCUCCGAUUUGCAGCAAAUGAAGUCCCAAGAAGGACUCAUUCAGAAUAGUUUUGGAUCCUUGGAUGACAUAAUGAGUGAAAUUGUCAAACUGGAUCAAAAUGCGAUGAUGUUGAUUGAUGCAGAAAUGGAAUUUGAUGCUUACCCUGUUGGAUCAUGCUUUUGA